AUGGACCUUCUCACAGACCGAAAAUUGGAAGCAACAUUUACAGAUCCAUCGUUGGGUUACAUAAAUGCGAGAGCAGAGAUCAUUGACUUGAGCCCCUUAGUACGGGAUAUCCCGGAGAAUAGUUUACCCGUCCAAGAUUUUGUUUCUCAAGCCUCACCUUUCAGAUCGUCACCAAUACCGGAAGACAUGGCUAUAUCUGGUCCCCAUUUGCGGUCGCUCUACCGCUCUAUACUCCGUGAGCUACCACAUCGCCCACUUUCGACCCCAUCACCUAUUCAACAGCGUGUUCGUCAAAGCUUUUCGACUCAUGAUGGGCAUAUCCAGCAGAUCAAUGAAAUGGAGCAAUUUAUUCAAUACGCGAAAGCUCAGCGAACCUACACAACGCUCCUCGAAAAAUACAACCCGGGCAUGUCCAUCAAUGAAGAGGACAAAGUCAGAUUGACUGCAAAAAGGGUUGGAAUGCACCUGCCGGAGGAGUUCACUACUACCAAGAAAGGUGAUUGA